AUGGGUUUCCACCAGAUCGCCGGGUUUGCCAUUGGCAUUCUUCUCUCGCCAAUCUACAUCGUCUUCCUCGGAUUGGGCGUGACACCCUUCUUCCAACGACACUUCCUUUAUGCGCACAAAAUCAAUACCUGGUGGACUGAUUUGAACGAGCCUGAAGCUUGGGGCUUUGCCAAAAAUCAGGUAUCCCCAUUUGGGCUGAAAACCACGGAUGGCGAAACCCUCUAUGCGUGGCAUAUCUUGCCUUUGCCUAUAUAUCUGCAAAAUGAGGAGCUCCUGGUCAAUGAGCCCACUGGGUAUAUACAAGAUAUCACACAAGCAACCUCGUUCCGUCUAUUGAAAGAGGACCCAAAGGCAAAACUGAUUCUAUACUUUCAUGGUAAUGCUGGCCAUGUUGCCCAAGGCAUCCGGCCGGACAGCUACCACACAUUAACAGAUACUUCGCAUUACCACGUUGUCGCAAUCGACUAUAGAGGUUACGGCCAAUCGACAUCGUACCCUUCCGAAGAUGGCCUAAUCACCGAUGCCUACUCACUAGUCGACUGGGCCAUCAACACAGCCGGUGUACCCCCGCGCCAAAUUGUACUUUUAGGCCAAAGCUUAGGCACGGCAGUGGUGAGUGCCGUAGCCGAAAAGUGUGCCCUCCAAAGCAUUGAGCUCGGGGGAGUAGUUCUGGUCGCUGGCUUCUCGGACCUGGCCAAUAUGCUAAGCGGUUACCGAAUUGGAGGCAUUGUACCCGCAUUGGGACCCUUUGCAUCUAUGCCAUGGUUUGUAAAUCUCCUGAAACGCUACGUCGUUGAUAAAUGGCAUUCGGCCAAUAGGCUAGGCAACUUGGUGCUCCAUACGAAGUCUCGCUUACGCCUAACCAUGAUCCAUGCCAAGGACGACUGGGAUAUCCCAUAUACAGAAGACGAUAAACUCUUCAAAUCUGCCGCAAUGCAAACCACCGACCUAGUAUCCGACCAAGAAUUUGCGACCCUCAAAGAACAAAGAACGGUACACCGGGGUAAGGACUCUUUCGAAACUAUAUGGCGAGCCGAGCCCGACAUUGUGAUACGCCAGGAACUGUAUCCUUACGGAGGUCACAAUGAUAUUAUGGGUUUUGCGCCGGUGUCUUUGGCCAUCAUGAAGUGCUUCGACGAUGCUGCCAAAUAA